AUGUUCUUCAUUGGGACAAAUGCGGUCCGUUCGACGCCUGCGUUACGAAUAAUAGAACAAGUCGAAGCAAUCGUGAAUAUGAUACGAUUAAAUCAUCAUCAUAUUGAUCAUGUCGAUAAAAUUACUAUCGCUGCUACCUUUCCUUAUUUGAAAGUAUCAUCUCGUUUUCCAACGAGUGAUUUACUAUUAAAUAACAUCAAUUUGUACAAUCAACAGUUACAGAUAUUAUCGCGUCGACUUGGAUUUUCUUUUAUCGACUUUCAUAUUACUCCAGAACAUCUUCAUCGUGAUCAUCUAAAUUUACAACACCAAUAUAACAACAUUCUCGAUACCACCAUUAUUCAAUAUUUUGAUGUUAUCAUUGCCAAACAAGUUAAGUCUCCUCAAUCUCAACAUCGUUCUUCAACAGCUAUUACACGUCGAAACAAAGGACGACACGAGAAACUUAAAGAAAAACAACAACAGAAUAUUCUUCAAGGGGGAAAAGGCGUACUCCGAAUAGAUAUAUUUUCACGUGCUUCACCAAGUUGGUCUCUUCAAUUCGAUUUAAUGACUACAUUCAAACGUCGUAUUAAUACUUCAUUGCUUCCGGAUGAUUUUCUUUCAUAUACUGAUGCAAAAUUUUACAAUGUUGCCAAACAUUUUAUAGGUGAAAGUGCAUCAGAGUUGCUCGAAAUACAAUCUAUUCGUAGUCCUGAUUCGCUUAUACUUAUAUCAGAUGUUUUUGCCAUUUUGGAUAUUAAAUGUGCUGCUUUAAAUUCUUUAAAAGAGAAAUUAUGUUUGAAAUCAGACGAUGAUAUAUAUAUUGUUAAACCCGGCAUCAAGAGUUCAAUGAAUUAUUUUUGUGAAUUAAUUAUUCAAAAGAAAGAUGAAGACAUUAAAUUGUCAAGAAAACAAAACAAGCGAUAUACUUCUGUUGUUUUGGCUAUUAAUACUGACUCGUCGAUUACGACUGAGCCUUCAUCUUCUCGACAACAACAGUUAUUACCAUCUAAUACAACUAAUAUCGUUCAAUCAUCUGCACCUGCUAUGCUCGUCAAUGAAAGUUAUCAUCGAAGCUUUAUCACAAAUUCCAUCAGUAAUUGGUGUCAAAAAUAUUCUUCAAAAUUAUUAUUAACCGAAGGUGUUGAUUAUCAUUUGUUUCUUAUAACAUCAAGUGAUACAAAUUUUACGGCAACUAUAAGAUGUAAAUGUGGCAGUAAAAUAGCUCUUGUGAAAUUUCAGAAAAACUUUCAAUUGUCAAACUUUUAUAAGCACUUAGUAUCACUUUCGUGUACAACUGUCAAAAAGAGUAAACGAAUAACUACAUCUAACAAAAGUGUUGCAAAUGAAAAUGAUUCAAGAGGCAGUAUUAGUGUAACAUCACAUGAAGAAAGUGGUCUCAAACGUUCUGCUCCAUGUGAUGCUGCUAAGAAAAAGCGCGCUUAUCAAACUCAUUCAAAAUGA